AUGGAGGAUGAGGAGGAGGACUUGCCUGUGGUGUCUCAAUUGGGAAAGCCGACUGAAGACAGAGGAACGUACAACAGAGCUACAGUGAAUGAUAACAUGCCAGUGGUUCAGACUGUUCCACGCUACAGGGCCACAGGCUCUGGCCCGGAUGCAUCACCCUCUUGUGGGACAACUGGGCCACUCAACCGGCCUCUGCACAGUACAGUGGGGUUGGGGUUGGUGUCAAGUCCGACUGGAUCUGCAGAAGAGACCAGAGCACUUCUUCAAAGUUUGCUCUUCUUCCCUGAAGACUUCCCAGCCAUGUCUGAGCCAAAUCUACCUGCAGCAAGAGAAGAAGAGCAGGAGGAAGAGGUGGAAGAUGGAGGCAGGCCAGACAGAAAGGAGGAAGAUGCUCAGGAGGGGAUGAGUGUGGAGGUGCAGAUUGGACGAAAGCUACGUGAGAUAGGAGACCAGUUUCAGCAGGAGCACCUGGAGAUGUUCAGGCAGUAUCAGCGAGCCCAGAUGCCAGGUUGGUGGCGUUUAGCAUCAACACUCUUCAACGCCCUGUUUCCGAGAGAAGCCGCGGGACCUGGUGGAGCGCUGAGAUGAGGAAGCACUUUCGCUGUGGGGGCUAGCGCAGAACAAACUGAUUGAAAAUGGAGAGAAAUAGAGAAUAUUAAGCGAGUCGCCGCUGGACGGUGACUCCUUUUGAACUCGCCUUUUUUUCUCUCUUUGUGGAAAAGCCAUCCUCAGAAUGGGGGCCGAAAAAUUAUUGUUUUUCUUUUUGCCUUAUUUUCUUUCCGAUUUUUCACAAACGAACGGACCUCGUCUAAAAUCUGUGAAUGCCUUACUUGAACCUAAAACAUCACAGUGGAAAGAUUUUAUCCUGAUAAAAAGGCAAAGGACUAUUAUGAAUUGUUCCAUAAUCUUAAAGCCAGAGUCAAGACACUGGACACAUUUCUCAAAAAUUCACAUGUUCGUUUUCUCUUCACUGGCAUGGUUAUUUUUUUCUCUGUGCUGUGCUCGUUCAGUUCCGUUUUUCCUCCUCAGUUGCUGGUUUGGAUUCCUGCGUUAUGUCCUUGAGACUUCACUCAGUGCUCUCAAUGCCAUCAGGAGAUUCACUUUGACAAACUUGCAUAUUGUGAGAAUCUGCAGACAACUCUUUCUCUAAAGAUGAUCCAUCUGAAUGUGGUCAGGGAUGGAGCUUUGUCGCCUUAAGCCUGCAGUCUAAGCCUUUAAGAUCCGAUGCUGAUUUGUCCCUGAGAGACUGAGAAACCAUCUCUUUCUCAGAAGAGGCGGAAAAGUCGACUAAGCGAGGUCUCCGCGGUUCACAGAGACGUUUCUUCUAAACUGUUUCUCAGUCUAAGCUGCACGAUUUUUAAAAGUGAUGUUUACUUAAAAAUGACUGAAUUUUUACAUUGCAUUCGCUUUUGUAACGUAUUUAGUCCUUCUUGAACUUUUUAUCAUCAUUUGGGCUGUGACUUUAAAACUGAAGGUGCUAAGGUGUGAAGAAUGGCCACAUUUAGCAAGUAUUUGCUUGGAAAGGCACAAAACAAAGAAUGUACUACUUGAUUAAAUUUAAGGAAUCAAAUUAGGAUUGACAGUAGUGCGCCUUUUUUGAGUGUAUACCUUAAAUACUUGGUUAAUGUGGCCUUGUUGAAAAGGUUAAACCAUGCAUUCAGACACUCUGCUGCAAUCUUAUAAGACACAACUUCAAAUGGUUUAAAAUAUUGCUAUUUAAUAUAUAUCAUCAUUGUCAUUAUAAGACCACCAAAUUUCUCAAAAUGACCUCAUGAAAUGUUAACAUGACAUACAUUAAACAUAGGAAAGUUUUUUUUACUUCUCCUAUGAAAAUGAAGGCUUCUUUAUGACAGCAAUGAUAUAUAUGUUGUUACUGGUAACAUAAUGGGGUUGUAUCCCUCUCAGGCAGUCAGACAAAGGGUUUAGGUGAUAUCUGACUGCAACAAUCAUCUGGUAGGUGUGACGUGGAGCUGUAAAAGCAAUACUGUUGCCACUGAAGUUCUAGAACCAGCGCCUGCAGCAGAUAAUCUACAGCAGUUAGCGACCACACUGCAAAUACAAUGUCAUGGCAAGUAAAUUACUUAAUUUUGAGUAUAAUAUGAAAUUAAUUUAACUUAUUGCUAGAUGAUAUUUUAUGUGCUUAAGUCAUUUUAUGUAGUACAGUUGCCUUAUUCUUUUGAUAAUUACAUAUCAUUUAUAGAAGUGGGCAGAAAUACCUGCCAACAAAAUGACAAUUUCUCUACAAAAAGUGACUUAAUCCAAGUAAAAUCAUUAGGAAUAAGCUGAAUUAAAAAUAUUUUUAAUUUAUGGUGUUUUUACUUGCCAAGAUAUAAUUUGUUGCAGUGCAAUCAGAGCGAGACAAGCAAUCACUGUCAAAGUGCUUAGAAUCCUACGCUUACUCAGAUCUACAAGUUUGUGGUUCUAAUGACGACUCAGUUGAAGAGGUUUGAGGAACUGUGUUUCAGUGUAUAUAAGCGCCACUGCAUUUCUUAGAAUGGAUUGUAAAUGUCUAAGGCUUUAUUAGAGACCCCCAAACAAGGCCAGUACAGUGUAAGGAAUUUUCUUACAUCACAAGGUUGUGCCGUUGCCAUUAAAAUCCGGCGUAAUCUGAGGAUUUGUGGAAAAAAGGAGGGAAAGCGUGCACUAGAGAAUCUUCCUCAAAGUAUCCAAAGCCAUUAUCAGAAGAUCUCUAAUGCAUUUCUACUUCUCUUUUUUUAAACAACUCGAAAAUGUACUAUUGCUCUUCCUGGUAUAAAUUUUCUUUGUUGUGACUGUACAAGAGGCCAUUUGUGACUGAAGUUUCAGCCUUUGUGUUAUAAAUUCUGUCAGGACGUGACUAAGAUUUCAUCAGUGUCCAAUGAGAAGGCCAGUUGUAUGUCGCAUGACUGGCUCAUGAUUUGGGCCUGAUUUAUAUUUGUGUAGUAAAGAAGGAUGGCUGUGCAGGAAGGGGGAGGGGGGCUAUAAUAGAUGAAUAGUAUUUAUUUAUUUUCUAAAUAUACAUAUAAAUAAAUAUAUAUAUAUACCUUUGGAAAAGUGAAAGAAAUUGAUUGAGAUGAAUUCUGAUAACGAUGGAUAUAAAUGUCAAUGAAAUCUGCAAAUCAGCACCAUUCCAUUUUUGGGACCACUUGCUUUGUUCAAGAGGCUGUUUCUGACAGUUAAAACUGUCCUUUUCACCAUUAAGACUUGUUGACAAAAAUGUUGAAUAUAUUAGUAAUAUUUCACAUCAAAGUGUAACUAUUGGUGAUGGUUUUUUUAUUGCACUGUUUAUUAAGACCUUAAAUUAAUCAUUUUAUGUUGAACCAGGGGCUAAAGAUACAGAUCACAGUAAAUCCAUGUUACACUCUAAAAAAAGGCAAUUUUUGCUACAAAAGUACCUAUGAAAACUGUAGCCUUAAUUAUUAGUGCUGUUAAAUGUAACAUUUAAUUAAAAUUUAAUAAGGUUUAUUAAAAGGUUUAUUACACAGUCCCAGCAAAAAAACGCUAAAUGUAACACUGAUUCUAAACAAUGUCCUGAACAAAGCAUUAGGAUUCUCUUCCUCCUCUCAAUCAGGUGGUUUUAGCUUCUCUCCUCAGGCCCAUUUGCUUAGGUUGUGCUUUUCCUUCUCUUACUAGCUUUAAUGGAGAAGUUAAUUGCGAUAUUUGGAGACUCUGCUCUUAGCCAUGUAAGUGUACAUGGUAAAACUUUGGAAAAAAAUAUGUAUGUAUUAUUUACAAUUAUUGAGUCCUUUUUUACUACAGGAUACUACACAAGUAUUGAAUAUAACUGUAAUUAUACAGCGCUAUAUCUUAAAUAUUACAUAUAGAUUUUUUGAUUUUUAAAGAACAGAAGUGUGCAAAGUAUUGUAAUCCUCCAGUAAUGAUGAGAUAAAGAAAGGUAGCUAUCCUAAAACCCAAUAUAUUUUGUUCAUAUGUCUGUAAGCACAGUUAGACCAUGAAGCUGUAGAUGAUGGUGGCCCUCAGGACUGAAGCUAAAAAGACCCCCUUUCAGAUAACUGUAUUUCCAUUCCAUUCAUAAUCCUCCUCCAUCCGACUGAUCUAACUUCAGUGCUACACUGCAUUACUGUUGUUGUCCGAGCUGAGCUAGCUUGCGCUAGGCGUGCCUCUGUACUCGUGAAUCGCUCUAAAUGAUCUACUUUCAGACAAUCAGACUGCUACGCGUGCCUUAGGGCCAGCACACCAGCUCAGAAACCAGGCAAACUGACCUUAACACACACACACACACAAAUAAAAAACAGAAAUAGAUGCUAUUAAAGUCAGCUUUAAGCGUGAGCACAUGCUGGUUUGCCACAGAUCAUAUUGCUGUGAACCGUCCUCUAAGGGUCCAAGCAAAAGGCUAUUUCACUGUGGCUAACUUUAAUAUAGUCUCAUUAUUAGGGGGAAUUAUUAAUAUCUGAGAGGCACAUUUGUGUCACUCACUUCUUUAUCUUUUACAGAAUCUUUAUGAAAACAAAACAUACGCAAAACCAAAUGCUAAUAUUUAAAAUUCACAUGCAGAAAUGCUAGCUGGCUAGCAUCAUCAGUUAGCUAGCAAUGCAGAGGAAAUUCUGCACAAAGGAGAGAAAAACAACUACAAUAAGGUAUUUUAAAGCUGUUUUGAAAAAAAAAAAAAAAAAACCUUAAAUGUGCAAAUAUCGGGGGAUCUGUGUACCAAUGAAAAGCACCCACCAACAAACCUCUGGGGUUUAGAUAGCUAAAGUAUCUAAUAGUCAGACUGAAUUCAGUGUUUUGCUUGGACCAGGAAAGAGCUGCCUAUGUCUGUUUUCAAACAUUAUAAUGCCCUUUUAAAAUGCACUCUUUUAAAGAAAAAGUCUUGGUGAAGAAGUGUUUCAUACGGUGUAUACAACCCCUAUUUUCCUUUUCUUUUUGAAUGUGUUAAAUAUGAGGUACAUUCUCCAAACUAAUUUGCUUUUGUAACUUAUGUUUUUUUUUAAAUAAAUGAUUAUAAAAUCCUAAUGGACAAACUCUGCUAUAAAAUGUGAAGAAUAUGUUCUUUUUUAUAGAUUAAAUGCUAUCAUAAAUGCUGUCAUAUCACAAAUGCUGUCAAUCCUUUUCUAUAAGAAUCACUGCAUUAAAGAUGUUAACAAACUCA